UUUUUUUUUUGUACAUACAUUCAUAUAUAUAUUCCUUUUUAUGCGUGAAAUCCUUACCCUACAACUCGGUCCUACUGCUAGUUACAUUGGUACUCACUUUUGGAAUACUCAGGAGGCUUACUUCAAUUAUGGUGAUUCAGACCUUGAACCCGAGUUUGAACAUGAUGUCUUGUUCCGUGCUGGUAUAUCCUCUUUAGGUGUCGAAACUUAUACGCCAAGAGCUUUAAUCUAUGAUUUGAAAGGUGGGUUCGGUUCAUUACAAAAAUACAACAAACUUUAUAGUGGUGUAGAUACUGGAGUAGAAUGGGAUCAAGGUGUGAACACAAUCUCUUCUGAAAUCGAAAAACAUCCAUAUCAGCAACAAUUAGAAUUAUUGGAAGAAGGACGUACUACUUUGACAGACGCAGUGCCACAAUUAGACCAAACAGUGACAACAUGGUCUGAUUUUAACCGCGUUUAUUAUCAUCCUCGUGCGCUCAACUCAAUUGCCACUCAUCAAGCUGACGAUCCUUUGUCCCCUUUCGAUACUUAUACUAUUGGAAGACAAGCUUAUGCUGAUAAUGAAAAGGAAGCUGAUAUAUUUGAAAACGCGUUUAGAAAUAUGGUCGAAGAAUGUGAUCAACUUCAAGGUUUCCAAUUAUUUGCAGGUGUUGACGAUGCUUUUGGUGGAUUUACAGAAGAAUUAUUGAACAAUAUUCGUGAUGAAUUCUCCAAAUCAACUAUUCUUACUUUUGGUGUGAUGGCCAGCGAUUCUUCGGGUAACAUGCGUUGGCAACAAAAGAAAUCUUUGAACCGUGUCCUUAGUACUACAAGGCUAUCAAGUUUAUCUUCCAUAUAUAUUCCAUUAUAUGAUCCUACAUAUGAUUGUAUUCAGGCGUGUGGAUUGGCUUCAUAUAUUCGUCCAAAUUGCAAAUCUCUGUAUCAUACAAGCGCCAUCCUCUCAGCAGCUAUCGAAACAGUCACUACUCCUUAUAGACUAAAGAAAACCAAGUCAAGAUUGGAUGAACUAGAUGGAUUAUUGAAUUGGAGAAGAGACACGAAACUUGCGAGUAUUGGUACAUCCUUCCCAUUACCAAUAUCAGAACAUGGAUACAAUGAAACCCUAGUAUCAUUUGAUCCAUUGCUGCCAUUACUUGAUCUCUCUUCUCCCGGCACUCAAAAGGCCAAAGAAGUAUAUGGUGAAUCUAUUGUUAUUCGUGGUUGUCCUUCUAGUGAAUCGUCAUCAAACUAUGUCAACCAAAUCCUGAAAUCAUUCAAAGAGGAGAACAACCCUUUGCAGACUAGGGCAUUUGUUGAUUCUCCUUAUCCACUUCCUGAUUCUUAUCCCAAGUUCUUCUCUCAUAUGAUCAAACCUGAUGGAACAAUUUCAAGCUCUCACAUGAAUGAUCAACAACCAUCGACUGUGCCUAUGCUCUCAUACUUUUCCACCAACUCCAAUAUGGCGCAUGUACUACAAACACAACUGGAUGCAACAAAGACAAUAUCACUGACGGAAUAUUUUGAAUAUGCGGAAGGGGAUUAUGGACUAUCAAGGGACGACUUUUUGGAAACGAAGGAAGAUAUGAUGAAUUUGAUUGAUGUAUAUACUCCGGAUGAAAAAUGAACCAGUUCCUCCCUUAUUACGCUCUUACUCUAUUAAUGCACUGAGUUAGUUGAUCCUUAUUAUUCCUUUAUUGACAUCAAUAAAUGCUCUUAAUAUUUACCA